CUCUUCUCCCCACCCCGCCCGGCAGCCUCGCCACGACUCAGCGCCCCCUCACUGGGCAUGCUCACUAAGGCAGGGCAGGUUUGGGACUGUAAGUAGGAAGCUGGAGCACUCCCGGGGCUGCUGGGGAGGGAGGUACGGACCGUGGGGCUGCCGGAGGAAGGAGGCAGGCACCACGGGGACUCAUGCACCACGCGCUCGGGGCUGGGGCGCAAUUAGCAGCCGCCUCCGCAGCCUGCACCCGUCCCUGCCUCUGCUGCCACCGCCGCCAGUGCCAGAGUCUCUGCCACCCCUCCUCCCAGCGCUGCCGCCGCGGCUGAAGAGCAGCCCCAGCCGCCGUCGCAGCCGCCCCGGCCCCGGCCCCGGCCCCCGCCGCAGUCCGUGCCCGGCCGAUCACCCGCUCGCUCGCCAGCCCGGGCAUUGUCCCCGCGUCUGCCGCCGCCGCCUGAAUGCCGGGCACGGAGCCCGAGUGAAAGCUCGCCGGGGUGGGUGACCGCCCCCCCCACACCCGCACCCACCCCCAGCUCUUUGGGGGUGCUCUGCCUUCUCUCUUCCCUUUUCCUCCUCCCCUGCCGGGCACUCGGGAGAGGGCAGCGGGCAGGAGCCGGGCUAAGCUUCGCGCCCGCCCCAGCCGGCCCCACUCCUUCCCCUCUGCCCCCACGCCCCCCCCCGGGGGGCCCAGGCCGGAGGGAGGCCGAGAGCGGGCGAGACUCUCGGCGAGGGGGGGGGCUGAGAAGCCAUGCGAGAGUACAAAGUGGUGGUGCUGGGCUCGGGCGGAGUGGGCAAGUCGGCCCUCACCGUGCAGUUCGUGACGGGCUCCUUCAUCGAGAAGUACGACCCCACCAUCGAGGACUUCUACCGCAAGGAGAUCGAGGUGGACUCGUCGCCGUCCGUGCUGGAGAUCCUGGACACUGCCGGUACCGAGCAGUUCGCGUCCAUGCGGGACCUGUACAUCAAGAACGGCCAGGGCUUCAUCCUCGUCUACAGCCUGGUCAACCAGCAGAGCUUCCAGGACAUCAAGCCCAUGCGCGACCAGAUCAUCCGCGUUAAGAGGUACGAACGGGUGCCCAUGAUCCUGGUGGGCAACAAGGUGGACCUGGAGGGCGAGCGCGAGGUCUCCUUCGGGGAGGGCAAGGCCCUGGCGGAGGAGUGGAGCUGCCCCUUCCUCGAGACAUCGGCCAAAAAUAAAGCCUCGGUGGACGAGUUGUUCGCUGAGAUUGUCCGCCAGAUGAACUAUGCGGCUCAGCCCAACGGGGACGACCAGUGCUGCUCCUCCUGCGUGAUUCUCUGAAAGCCGGGGGGCGGGAGGGGCCCGCUCCCGUCGGCCCUGUGCUUCGGGUGGCAUUUUUAUGGGUUUCUUUCUUUUUCUUUCUCUUUAUUUUUUAAAGAAAAAACGCGAAAGCAAAACACAAUACUUCUUUCUCAAUGUGAUUUUUUUUUAAUUAUUAUUUUAAGAUUGGAAACAACUUUGCAUCGUCCAAGGUGUGUUCCAGGUGGGGGCUCGAGGCUAUUUCGGCAGCAGCUGCCGGGCCCCCGUGCUCAUUGUCUUGGGGGUGGGAGGGAGUUGGGUUGUAUUUAACAUCCGAAACCUGGGUGGAAAUGUGGCGCUUUCCACGCAUGUACAUUCCCCUCGUGGAUUUCUUUGAUAGUUGCUGCCCGUUUCCCCACUUAAAGCAGCCGUUAGCUGUAUUGGCUACUUGACACCAGGCAAAAAAAAAAAAAAAAAAAAAAAAAAAAAA